AUGAAAUUCACCCUUCCGGCUCUUCUGUUUCUCGCGGCUAUCGCCAGCGCCGAAUCCGUCCUCGACUACAGUGACGGCAUCCCGCUCUGCUGCACAAACACCGACAAGAUCGAGGAGGCUGGCGACGUUGUGAUCCAGCAAGUGACCAGCGCAUUCGUCGGGGCGGGCGGCGGUGCCUGGGACCUGGGCGAUCGGGUUGCUGGCGAAUGCAUACCCGCAUUCCCCACGGACUGGAGCUACGAGCGCGAGAACUGCACCGAUGGCUUGAAGCCUGUCUACUGCAAGAAGCACGCCCACUGGACUUUGACUUUGAACGGGACAUCGGUUUCUCGGACCGUGCACGGGCAGUGUCACUUGUAG